GUUCAUUUUGGCCACAGACAGGACUACUAGGCUUCUAGUUUUCUCCAUAGACUCGCAACUUCUCUGCUCUCUGCGCAUAAUCAACCAUGAGGAGGGGAAAUUUAAACCCUACUCUUAAUCUCAAGCUCUCUCUUCCUUCUCCCGACGAGGAGGUCUCCCUCGCUAAGUUCCUGACCCAAAGCGGUACGUUUAGGGAUGGUGAUCUACUCGUUAAUAGGGAUGGAGUUCGAGUUAUUUCUCAGAUUGAAACCGAUGCUCCUCCUCCUCCUAUUCAGGCAUCAGAUAACCAGCUAACCUUAGCAGAUGUAGACACAAUCAAAGUCAUUGGAAAGGGAAAUGGUGGAUUUGUGCAAUUGGUGCAACAUAAAUGGACGGGUCAGUUUUUUGCACUAAAGAUUAAUGAUGUUGCUCAUACUCAGGUAAUCCAAAUGAGCAUAGAAGAGUCCACACGCAAACAGAUUGCGCGGGAAUUGAAGAUCAACCAAUCAUCACAAUGUCCAUAUGUUGUUGUCUGUUAUCAGUCUUUCUAUGAUAAUGGUACCAUCUCUAUUAUCUUAGAGUAUAUGGAUGGUGGAUCUCUCGCAGAUUUUCUGAAAAAAGUCAAAAUAAUUCCAGAACCAUAUCUUGCUGCUAUUUGUAAACAGGUGCUAAUGGGUUUGCUUUAUCUUCAUCAUGAAAAACACAUUAUCCAUAGGGACCUAAAACCUUCUAAUCUACUAAUAAACCAUAGAGGGGAAGUCAAAAUUACUGAUUUUGGAGUGAGUACAGUAAUGGCAAGUACCUCAGGGCAGGCAAAUACCUUUCUUGGGACGUACAACUAUAUGUCUCCCGAGAGAAUUAUUGGAGGAAGCCAUAGCUACAAAAGUGACAUAUGGAGUUUGGGGUUAGUAUUGCUCGAGUGUGCAACAGGGAAGUUCCCAUAUACACCACCAGAGCAAGAUGAAGGAUGGAUUAACUUUUAUGAACUUAUGGAAGCCAUUGUUGAGCAACCACCACCUUCUGCACCCUCCAACCAAUUUUCUCAGGAGUUCUGCUCAUUCAUAUCCGCAUGUGUACACAAAGACCCAAAAGAUAGACUGUCAGCACAGGAACUUCUGAAUCAUCCAUUCCUAAGUAAGUAUGAAGACUCGCAUGUAGAUCUCUCAUCUUACUUCACCGAUGCAGGAUCUCCACUUGCAACCUUCUAAGUCAUAUAUGGUAUGUGAGUUAUGGACUCAAUUUAUAACAUGAAUAACAUGUCCAUCAUUCCCUUCAUGAGGAUAGAAUCUAGCGUGCUUCAACCUGCUGUCAUUUGUAUUUGUGGCUUAUUUGUUCAGACCCUGAAUCUUUUACUAUGGUGAUGAUAAAUUUGUAGUUCUUGCCAUUAGUUCUGCAAUAUGGUAAUGAUGGAUCGGUAAUUCUCUCUUGUUGUUCA